AUGGUGUUUCUGAACCAGCAGAGCCGGAUGUACAACAGAACGACGCAUCAAUGUCUCUGUCAGAUCCAUAACCAGCCGUUUCACCCUCUCGACGAAGCUCGCGAAACAGAGUCUCUUGAUGAACUUCAACUAGGUCAACCGUUUUCGAACUACAGCGAAGACAUAGUUCAAUCUGCAAGGUGCUUGAGAGACACAAAGCUAAAAAGGGGGAGAUUGAAGAUGCAAGCUGGAUUGACGCAGAUCGUGAAUCAGUCAGGAAGUGCAUCAGGACGUAUGGACGGACUUGUAGCGGAGCUAAGGAGCUUAACGGAGCUAAAGGAUUGA